AUGUGCGGUUUCGGGGAUAAAGAUCGCCGUCCUAUUGACCCACCUCCUGUUGUUAGACUUUUCGUGUCUGCCGUCGAUGGAACUUCAGUACCCGAAAGUUCUGUAGACCAUUCUAUGAUGAUUGUUCAUGCUGGACUUUGGUCUGAAGAUUCAACGGAAGAACGCAGUCUAGUAAUCAAUCCUUCUUCUAUUCCAACUCAAUCGACUGGUCCUAGUUCAACCGUCAUGUCACUUAAUGCACCAUCAAGCACAAGAAAUCUUAUGGGUCAUUGUACUUCGUCAGCAUAUGUAUUAAAUAAUCAUAUGGGUCAACAAGGAAUUUAUUUUAUUUUUCAAGAUUUAUCCGUUCGCACCGAAGGUUCUUUUACAUUAAAGUUUUCUUUUUGUGACGUUAAGGAACUACUUGUAAGGUCACUCAACGGAUUUCCAAACACUCGUGGAAGUGUUGCAGCUGAAGUGUACAGCGCUCCUUUUAAGGUAUAUUCAGCAAAGAAAUUCCCGGGUAUGACAGCUUUCGCAAAACAAGGAAUUAAAAUUCCAAUUCGCAAAGAAGCUCGUUACCGUAAAGCAAAUAGCGACGAAAUUCGUGACUCUCCAAACGAAACCACAUUAGAAGCUUCCUCUUCAGUGUCAUCUACCAAUAUUAGUAAUGCUCCUAAAGUUACCGAUUCUUCUACUGACCACGAAGGUCGUACAGAAGACAAACGUGAUCAUCCAUUGUCAUCGGGCGAGGAUGAUAAUACGGUCGAUGAAGCAGGAGAGGAUGGAAAAGCUAUACCGUCUCCCUUUGUCCCCAAUCUCUUUAAAAAAUAUGCAUUCAGCUUUCUUCUAAAAAUUUAUAUGGAUUUCAAUAUCGUUAGAGUAUUUAAGAUUAAUUUGUCAAUUAGUAGGCUUUCUUUUCCACAACCUUUUAUAUGA